GCGUUGAGCGUUCAUGUUCAAUUAUCAGUACCGGGUUGAUAGCCGGUGAGGCGGCGGCGUUGUGUGAUUUAGUGACUUACGAUACGCGCGCCGCCUCUGCGUGAAUUUCUGUAAUUUUGUUAAUAAUUUUAUACAUUUACUACAGUUGUGCAAUGUUAUACUUGAUGAACUUAAUUUAUGUUAAGGACUUACAAAAUAUUUAUAGGAGUGCUUCGUAUUAUACAAUUUUUAUAGAAACGACAAUGACAUGAGUGAAUUUGUUAAUAAUUCAUAUUAAUAUAUAAAAUAAUUGUUGAAUUUUUCAAGAAAUUCAAUACAAGUUGAAAAAAAAUCAAACGCUAUAAAGUGCUAUUAUGUUGUGCCGUGGUUAAUUAACGAAUUCAAUCGGUUAAGGUUGUAAUUUUCAUAAAUAGGAGACUCUGUGAAAGUACGAUAUUUGAUGAUUUCAAAAUCGGCAAUGGCGGAACGGGAACGACCUGCAAAAACCACCAUCAGGGUGGGAUUUUAUGACAUAGAGAGAACUAUUGGCAAGGGUAAUUUUGCCGUCGUUAAAUUAGCACGACAUCGAAUAACGAAGACUGAGGUAGCAAUUAAGAUAAUAGAUAAAUCACAACUAGAUGCCAGCAAUCUUCAGAAAGUCUACAGAGAAGUGGAUAUAAUGAAACGGCUGGACCAUCCUCAUAUUAUUAAGCUGUAUCAGGUCAUGGAAACGAAGAACAUGAUAUACAUAGUCUCAGAGUACGCGAGCAAGGGAGAAAUCUUCGAUUACAUCGCAAGGUACGGGCGGAUGGCAGAGCAAGCGGCAAGAAGAAAGUUUUGGCAAAUUCUAUCGGCGGUGGAAUAUUGUCACGAGAGGCGGAUUGUACAUAGAGAUCUCAAAGCGGAGAAUUUGCUUUUGGACGCAAACAUGAACAUAAAAAUAGCAGAUUUUGGGUUCAGUAACUACUACGCCCAGGGAGAACUACUUGCUACCUGGUGCGGAUCCCCGCCUUAUGCCGCCCCAGAAGUCUUUGAAGGCAAACGGUAUACGGGACCGGAAAUAGAUAUAUGGAGCCUCGGUGUAGUGCUAUACGUGUUAGUUUGCGGGGCACUGCCUUUUGACGGCUCCACUCUACAAUCGUUGAGAGACAGGGUGCUCUCGGGAAGAUUUAGGAUACCCUACUUCAUGAGUGAAGAAUGCGAGUCUCUCAUCCGUAAGAUGUUAGUGCUGGAACCAAUGAAGCGAUACACUAUUGAGCAGAUAAAGAAACACAGAUGGAUGUCUACGGAGCCGUAUGUGGUUCCAACCAUAUCUGGAGAUCCAAUGAGGAGUCCGGCACAUGUGGCUCAUAGCCAUGAACCUAACGAACAGGUGUUACGGCUUAUGCAAAGCUUGGGUAUCGAUCCUGUUAAAACGAAGGAGAGCCUUCGGUCGAACAGUUACGAUCAUCACGCGGCCAUCUACCUGCUGCUGUUGGAGCGGCUAAGGGCAAGGGCCAGCCUCACUGAGCGAAGGCCCACGCGCAGACCCUCUUCAGUCGCGGACCAGGCGCUAGCGAGGGAUCUUCAGGAUCGGCGGGAGCAACAUAAUAGAUUACUACACAGCGGCGAACAGAGGGACUACAACCGAACAAACAUGCCUGCAUCUUCUGAGUCUACAUCAGAAACUCAGCGUCUUUUAUCCCUUGCCGGGGUCAACAUGACCGAGCAAAGACUGCUUCAGAGAAAUUCUGACCCCUCUGACACACACAGAAGUUUCCUAGUCAACGACCGAUCGCACGAAUCUGAUUCCACAAGACUUCUCUCUAUGAGAAACGUCGACGUGGCACAAUCGAACCAACGGCUAGGAACGAAGCUCAACGAUACUCCCACGCAUAAACUUCUCACUUCAACAUAUGAGCAACAACAGAACAUACUUAAACAAUCUAGUGAAGAUUGCCGACGGCUUUUGCAACAGUCGACGACAGUUGGCCCUGAACCCAAGACAGCAGACGGAAGGUUGUUAACAUCAUCCAGCUUUGAUUCAAAAUGUGCUAUUGAUUGCGGAAGAACGUCCGCAGCUGAUAAUAGUGCAAUUGCGAAUUUUCUCCAAAACUCCGCUUCUGCGACUAAUUUCAACUUAGAUUCCAUGAAGAUGCCUAAUUCCACCACCUUCACCAUGUGCUCCGAAGCUGCGAAACUUAUGAACACAUUGCAGCAGUCCCCCUUACCCCUUAAGGGUACUGUCAAUUUAAGUACUAGCCCGAUUCCGUCUCAAUUUACUGAUUCCAAACUCAGUAGUGUAUUAGAACAGCCGAAACCACUUGAAUCCAGUAGGCUCGUCGCCGCCCAAGAUAUGAAUAGGUUACAAACGAGCACGCCGCCAUUUAAAGACUACAUAAAUCAUAUCCCCUCUUACUCUUACCUACAGAAUACAUUGCCACAAAUGCCUGCCGAAAGUAACUUGUCAGCUGCCAGUGAACUUUACCAGAAUACUCUCUAUAGACCUGAUAGUAAAUUCUCUUUAAAUCGAUAUACGACCGGACAAACAUAUACCCAGGCCAUGCCCGGAACAUCAAAUGAUGCGACAAAAUUUCAGCAGCAAUAUUCCUCAUCCACAGACGAAGGUUGCGAAACGGAUAUGGAGGAUGUGAACGCUUCAAGCGGGGUCCAAAACAGAUUAAGUUCCUAUGCGAGCUCCAGUUCUAGCAGCGGGGUAGUUACUUUUUUUAACAAUAAGAGUCUUAGUCAAAAUUUGAGUUGUGACUCAUCGCAGAGCAACUUUUCUGCGUUCGAAAGUAUCGACUAUCAACUCUCGGAUUGCUCGAGUGAACUUGCAAGCAGUUUACCCAGUUGUACGUCAAACGAGGACAGAUUGUCGUAUGAGAACAGCUCUCUCGUAAAUACGAGUCCAAUGCAUCCGUGUGUUUAUAUAUCGUCGUACAAUAAUAAAACGGCCGGCACCGGAUUCAUAGCGCGACAUAACCCUAUUAACUACCAAUCCACUAAUAAAAGUUGUCCUCGAGCGAUUACUCGGAGUCCGGUCGAUUUUAGAGAAGGUCGACGAGCCAGUGACGGGUUAGUGGCACAACAAGCCGCACAACCCGACGAUGCCCAAAAAAAUAGUUUGGCAUUCAACAGUCAAAAAUUAAAUGAGAAUUGCAAAGCGAAAGGUGUUCUAGAACUGCACUUGGUGCAAAAAGAGGCUCAGAAACUGAAAACUCAGUACCAAUCGACGAUACCAGCAGAGGAGAUGACGCAGCGGCAAAUUCAGCAUAAUCAAUUCGCCGCUUCGUUCACUACAUACUUAGAUACCAAAAAUCCUACACCAAAGCGAAUUAGUCUACCUGAAUCCUUCCAUUACUCGAGUACAUCACCCCCGAUGCCGGCUAGUCCGAAAAUGGUCGCUCAAUUAGAGAAUUCAGAGUUGUCACACGGCGUCUCUGUUUCUCAAGUUAGCAAACCGCCCUUGCAACAACAGCUCAUGCAACAUAGGCUUUUCCAGCAAAAACGUCAGUUACUUCAAAAGCAAAUGACUCCACCAAAUGUUCCCGUUCACGAAAUGACCGCUCUACAUAAUAUACAAGUUGGUUUAAGCAGGCGGCAGAUGCUUCGCCAACAGAGCUAUAAAAUUGCCCAACAGCAACCGGUCUUACCACCCCUACCUUUGACUGAAUCAGAGAGCAGAGAUUUACUAGCAUUUCAGGCAAUAGUGGAAGACCCUAACAGAGUGAAGCACAAAGUUGAGGACGAAGAAGAAGCGAAAUUUUCAUACCAAGGUUCAAUGGAAAUAAAUAUUAUGAAGGAUAGAUUGGGUAACGAGAAUUGGUCCAAUUUGCCAUCUACUCUUCAAACCGCCUGUCAGAUUUCCGAGAUGUCGAGGUGUGAGGUGAAAGACUCCCAAGAAGGAGAAAGUUCCUUGGACGCUCCACUGUGGCCAGGACAAUGGAAUGCCUCACUGUUUCCACCACAGACUUGCUUUCAGGUAUUCCAACAAAUCAAUUGAGUAGAGUAGUUAGUACAGCUCGAUAUAGUACUAGAGUUAUUCACGCAAAAGUUGAUUUAGCUAUUUUGGCAUUUGAAACAAAUAUAUAGAGUGAUAUUACCUAACUAAAUUCUUCUGGUGGCUCUUAUAAAAUAGAUGCCUCUAUGUAAGGCCAGGUAGGCCAAAUUCCAUUGUCUGUUAUGUAGCACAGUAGUUGCACGCAGUAUUGAAGUAAAUAAAUAGUGGAUCUAGCUCUAAACAUAAAUAUGUUGCCAGUUACACAUGAAAUAAACUACCGUAAAUUGGAUAAAGACGUGUCUCUUCGAUAUAUUUCCUACUAUAUGGAAAAGACACGGAACACACAACACAACGAUAUGGAGAAUACGCGUUUUUAUUCGAAGGAAAUAGUAGUUUAUAUUAUUCUGAUAAAAAUGUAUGCAUGACAAUAACUAGUGCUUUAAACAUUCUACGCAAACUGCCAAAUAUCAUAAAAAAAUAAUAAAUAAUACUAAUUUGGGAUUUAAAUUUUUGUCAAGUAAUUACACUUGUUAUCACGAAAAUAUUUAUUAUUUACGUAUAAGAUAAAAUCCCCUUGCCAAAUAUUGUAUUAGAGGACAUAAUUAGGUUAAACCCAUGAACCAUAAGUUUCAUAUAUUAUUGUAAGAAGGCUAUGAUUUUUUGUGGCUAAAAUUAAUUAGGUUGUUAAUUAGUUUCUGAUCUUGUAGUUAUUUAGUGUGUUUGACCAAAAAAUUCAAUAUCAAAUAGGUUAAUUUCAUACUUGCACUGUAUGCACAAUUCAUAAUGAGCAAUAUAAUAUGUGCCUCGGAUCUUUGGCCAACAAUGUUUGGCCAUAGAUAUAAUAAUUCCUUAUGACUAUAGCUAUACUCUAUUACAAUAUGAAACUUAUGGUAACCACAGAUAAUCACAAUGUUCCUAAUUGAUACAGACCCUAUAGUUAUUAAUAUUAUAAUUAUCUAUUUAUUAUGCUGUAUAUAUCUUUAGACAUCCAUAUGUACAUAUAGGUUUGUUGCUAAGUUAUGACGUAUUAUGUGUAAGAUGUGAUAGCUUUAUUUAGAAGCAAGGUUAUUUAAAUAAAUUAAAGUUUAUAUA